GACAAAACCAAAAAAAAAUAUUUCUUUUUCAGUUGUGGUGUAUUUAAAUAACAAAAAUGUGCACAAUAAGAGGUUUUCAAAUGCUGAAUUUCAUCCAAUUUAACCUGACCUUAUGUAAAAAUGUCAUCCAGCUUGUUAAAAAACAAAUGACCUGCAAUUGAACCCUUUUUAGAAAGCUGAGCUCAAUUUCGCAAGACAAACUCAGGCCAGAUUAUUACCAGACAUGAAGAUGUACAGUCAUAUUCAAUAAAUGAAUUAGUGAUUUAAGAUUUUAGAUCAUUUGGGUAUCUAAAGUACAUAACAUGACUUUAGACGGGCAUAAAAUCUUAGCUCAUCUUAGCUCAUUUGUGGCCAAAUGAUCUAAAACUUUACAUAAUUUGCUUUUAGUUUGCAACACAACAUAAAGAUACAAAAUGCAAUACAUGUCAUCCAUUUUUUUCCUGGGAUAAUUAGUUGCAAAUAUUAAGGCUUAUUGACAUUUCAACUUUUCUAACUUCCUCUAACCAGUAGCUGUGCUGAAGUGCAAACACUAUAGCUUCCUGCCCGGGAACAAUUAGUUGGGAUUUGGUUGCAGGUUCAGUGUUGUUAUUUUCAUCUUCAUGUAUUUCUUCAUCAACGAUACCAACACCAACACCUCAGCAUAUUAAAUAAUUAUGUUUAAUGUGUUGUUGUUUUUUUAUUAAAGAAGGUACAAAUAGUUUCAGUAGUCAUCUGCAUACUGUGUGAACAAUACAGAUGCCAAUGUUUAAAAACUCAAACUUUGAAGUGUUUAUUUAUUUAGAGUUGGCAUAAAAACAAAUGUUUCAUUAACUUGUAGAUAUUGCUUAAAAAUCUUACAAUUGGGCUAUGAUGUAUUUUUUAUUUUCUUGCUGUGUUUUUUCUUUCUUUUUUGUAGUUAGUUUGGGAUUUUCUUGGAUCAUGUUGGCAUAGAGUAAGUAUUUUACACAAGAAAAAGAAAUUGCCAUCAAUUGUAUUUCGAAUUUAUAUUUUACAGAUUAGACUCUGGGUUUAAAACAGUCAUUAGAGGUUAUUUUGUGAGCGUAAAAAAAACCCCAAACAAAAUUGUGACAAACUUAUCUGUCAUCUCAAAGAAUACCCACAUUGGUACACUACAGGGCUUUUCAGUACUGAUGAAAGAUAAGGUUUGUUGUUUUUUUUUCUUGCAGUUUGUUGUUUUCUCCUUUGCGGUGAGAGUUACUUCCCACUGAGCGGAAGGAAGGACAUGUUUUGUAGUUUUAUCUCUAUCCAAGACCAUCUCCGCCCCAGAUCACACCCCUACAGGUAAAGCGCCUCAAAGCGCUCAAGUAAGAACUAGCCUGUUUCUAUCCCUUCAUCCAUCAGGAGGAAACUUUUCCUGAAAAGCGUUGGACAGAUGAGGAGAGUCUGACAGGGUGAGAAAUUAACUUUUGAAAAAAAAGAAGAAAGAAAUCUUCGCAUUAACUUACCUGAAUUGUCCGUGAUUUUCCUGUUAACCACAAACGCUAGUUGUUUUUUGUUGUUGUUAUUGUUUUUUGUUUCUUCAGAAGCAUAUCUCAUAAUAAGGAGUUAAUGGAGAAUCUAUUUGUGCCUCCGCUGGCUCUCCGCGGGAUCUCCGUGAACAGCGGCUCCGCGCGCCACAAGGAUGCGCUCCGGCUGGGGAUGCCCUUCCACAUCGACACCGCCUACUUCGACCAGGGGUUCCCCUGCGGGCGGUUGCCCCGCUUCCCCUUCCCCGCUCCCUUCGGCGUGUGCGAGUACUCCUUCGAGCCCGCCUUCAUCCAGAAGCGGAACGAGCGCGAGCGGCACCGGGUGCGCUGCGUCAACGAGGGAUACGCGCGCCUCAGAGAGCACCUACCGCAGGAGUUUGAGGACAAGCGGCUCAGUAAAGUGGAGACGCUGCGAGCGGCCAUUGACUACAUCAAGCAUCUGCAGGGCCUUUUGAACGUGGACGUCUCCCGGAUGGAGAUGUCGUACAAUGAGGCGCGCGACUGCGAAGCUCUGCGGCGGAGGACAGAGUGCGGAAGUGACGGAGAGUCCAAAGCUAGCAUGAGCGACAGCGGGGACAAUGUUUACUGAAGAUUUCCAUAAACUAAAAUACAGUUUAGGGAAAGAGAUGUAAAAAAAAAAAAAAAUGUUUUUUAGAAAUGUUAAAAAAGAAAAAAAGAGCCUUAUCUGACAAAAAAAGAAAACAAAUUCUAAAAGCUGAAUACAUUUAUUCAGUAAAGAAAAAAUAGUUUUUAUUAUCACUCAAGUUGUGCAACACGUCCAUAGCAUGACAGAUCCUUCACCUUAUUUUGUGCUGUGCAUGAAUUUAAUAAUAUGGCAUAAAUAAUAAUGGCAAAAAUACUUGGUGAGAUUUCAUGAGCAGCAGUGCUUGUGUUUUUUCUGCUUUUACAAAUUAAAUAAAUGUAUUCAAAUUUAAAUUUAGUUUUAGAAAAAUCUUACGCGACUGCAUUUUAUAUACACAACUGUCCACUGAACUUCUCUAAAUUUCACCUUAAUUUUUAUCUCCCUUCACAGUUUCUCUAUCAAUUUCACGUGACUUUGACUUCGAAAUAUUAAUAUAAUUUACAGUAAGUUGUUCAAAUUGAAAGUUUUCUUUAGACUUAAAUCCAUCAGGGCCUAACUGUGCAAUUAUGUCAACAUCACAACAGAAAAACAUUCUCCUUAAGGAAGACAUUUAUAUUUUGUGUAGGAUGCAAAAUAAACAAAUAAUAAACUAAUGGCAAUUGCAAAAGUUUGUUCAAAUUAAGCCAAAACUGUUUUUGUAAUAUUAAA